AUGGAGACCUUUCACCCCUCUAUGACGCCCUUACCCUUUUCCUACACUUUCACUACUACUAUGAGUGGUAGCAGUAGCGGGGCCACUCCAAAUACUAUUACUACACCCUGGAUGGACAGAAGGAUCUGGAGUAAACUCCCACAGAGGCUGCUCGAUCGUGUGCUUGCUUUUCUCCCUCCACCGGCCUUUUUUCGAGCUCGUUCUGUCUGUAAGAGAUGGUACGCACUCUUGUUUUCGGACAGCUUUCUUGAAUUAUACCUCCAAGUAUCUCCUCGCCAUCAUUGGUUUCUAUUCUUUAAGCACAAAACCCUCAAGAGCUACAUAUAUAGGGAAAGUGGUGGAGGAGGAGACAACAGGGGACCUUGUGAAGGAUAUCUCUUUAAUCCUAUUGAUAUUGCAUGGCAUCGCCUUUCCUUUGCUCUGGUUCCCUCCGGGUUCUCACCUGCUUCUUCUUCCGGUGGCUUAGUUUGUUGGGUUUCAGAUGAGGCUGGUCCAAAAAGCAUAAUCCUAUGCAACCCCAUCCUUGGUUCUCUAACUCAAUUGCCUCCCACGCUAAGACCCCGGCUCUUCCCUUCUAUUGGCCUAAUCGUUAACCCUUCAUCAAUAGAUGUCACAGUUGCCGGGGAUGACAUGAUUUCUCCCUAUGCAGUCAAGAAUUUAACGGCCGAGAACUUUCAUAUGGAUGGGGGUGGGUUUUAUUCAAUAUGGGGUACAACUUCUUCUCUGCCAAGGCUAUGUAGCCUUGAGUCAGGUCGAAUGGUUUACGUGGGAGGAAAAUUCUACUGCAUGAACUAUAACCCAUUUAGCGUUUUAGCUCAUGAUGUUGCAGCGAAUAUAUGGUGCAAGAUUCAAGCUCCCAUGCGAAGGUUUCUGCGAUCGCCAAGCUUGGUCGAGAGUAGGGGAAAUCUCCUCUUAGUUGCAGCAGUUGAGAAAAGCAAACUAAAUGUACCAAAGAGUUUGAGGCUGUGGGAUUUGCAAGCAUGCGGGACUACGUGGGUGGAAGUCGAAAGAAUGCCACAGCAGCUCUACAUCCAGUUUGCGGAGUUGGAAGGUGGAAAUGGGUUCGACUGCGUUGGACAUGGAGACUUUAUUGUGAUUAUGAUACGAGGGACGGACAAGGCUUUGCUAUUGGAUAUCUGCGAGAAGAGGUGGCUGUGGAUUCCUCCAUGUCCUUACUCUCAAGGUUAUGGUGGCGGCAGCAGCAGCAGCAACAAUGGACGUGAUGGUGAAUUGCAUGGCUUUGCUUAUGAGCCUAGGCUUGCCACCCCAGUCACUGGACUUCUAGACCAGUUGACCCUACCAUUUCAGCCUUACAAUGGUUAG